CUCUCUCUCCCCUUUGUCUCACACACACAGAAUAAGGAAGUCACUCCUUUCAGACAAAACAAAACUGAUCUCUCUCUCAGUGCGAUUUUAGGAAAAUGGCUGAGGCCAGUAUUUCAGUAGCUCAGGACCAGUUCAUGUGUCCACUGUGUCUGGAUCUCCUGAAGGGUCCGGUGACUAUCCCCUGUGGUCACAGUUUCUGUAAGGUGUGUAUUAAUGGCUGCUGGGAUCAGGAGGAUCAGAAGGGCGUCUACAGCUGUCCUCAGUGCAGAGACACUUUCACGACAAGGCCUGUUCUACGCAGAAACAACAUGCUGGAUGAAGUGGUGGAGAAACUGAAGAAGACUGAAGUCCAAGCUGCUUCUCCUGCUCACUGUUAUGCUGGACCUGGAGAUGUGGAGUGUGAUAUCUGCACCGGGAGAAAACACAAAGCCAUCAAGUCCUGUCCAAUCUGUGUAUUUUCUUAUUGUGAAACUCAUCUGAAACCUCAUCUUGAAGACCCUACUUUGCAAACACACACAUUAAUUGAAGCCUCAGCAAAACUCCAAGAGAAGAUCUGCUCUGAACAUAACAAGCUGAUUGAGAUCUACUGUCAGACUGAUCAAGCCUGCAUCUGUUAUUUGUGUACAAUGGAUCGUCACAAAGGUCACGACACCGUCACAGCCACAGUAGAAAGAGCUGAGAAACAGAGUGAGUUAGAGGAGGAGCAGAUGAAAUCCCAGCAGAGAAUCCAGGAGAAGCAGAAGAAGGUGCAGGAGCUGAAACAGGCUGUGAACACUAUAAAGCUCAGUGCACAGACAGCAGUGGAGGACAGUGAGAGGAUCUUUACUGACCUGAUCAGCUCCAUGGAGAAAAAGCGCUGGGAGGUGACGGAGCUGAUCAGAGAUCAGGAGAAGGCUGAACUGAGUCGAGCUGAACGACUCCUGGAGCAACUGGAGCAGGAGAUUGCUGAUCUUCAGAGGAGAGUCACUGAGCUGGAGCAGCUUUCACACACACGUGAUCACAUCCAUUUCCUCCAGGUUUUAGCUUCUGGAAGUCGGUCUCUUCUCUUCCAAAGACCAGAUUUUCUCACAUCCAGCAUCACUGUCCGUCAGCAUCUCUCAUUUGAUGGAGUGAGGAAUUCUCUCUCAGAUCUGAAAAAGAGACUCGAGGAAUUCUGUGAGGAGGAAUUCAACAAAAUCCCUCCACAUGCUGCAGCAGUUCAGAUCAUUUCAGAACCAGAACCACAGAGCAGAGAAGAGUUUCUGAAAUAUUUCUGUUAUCUGACUCUGGAUCCCAACACGGUACAUCGUCACCUCAUUCUGUCUGAGAAGAACAGAGCGGUGAAUGACAGUGGGAGGGAGCAGGGUUACUCUGAUCAUCCAGAGAGAUUUGAUUACUGGGAGCAGGUGUUGUGUAAGGAGAGUGUGUGUGGACGCUGUUACUGGGAGGUGGAGUGGAGCGGGGCUGGUGGUGUGGACAUAUCAGUCUCAUAUAAAGACAUCAGCAGGAAAGGACAGGGUAAUGAGUGUAGGUUUGGAGGCAACAAUCAGUCCUGGAGUUUGCGGUGUUCUUCUUCUUUCUCUUUCUGGCACAACAACAUUAAGACUGAGCUCAAAUUUCCAUCACCCUCCAGAAUAGGAGUGUAUGUGGAUCACAGUGCAGGAACUCUGUCCUUCUACAGCGUCUCUGAUGCAAUGAAGCUCCUCCACAGAGUCUACACCACAUUCACUCAGCCUCUAUUCACUGGGUUUGGGUUCGGCAAAGUUCCUGGGUUCGCGUUCUACUGGCAUUAUGGUUCUGCUGUGAGAUUGUGUGAUCCAUAGUAAAAAAAAAAAAAAGUGUGGAGUGUUUUCUGUAAAAUUCCUGCACGUUGUUGUUCAGUCGUCUGUUUCACUAGAACACAAUCCAGCUGCACAAAACAUUCAUUUUAAUAUUUAAGUUAAAACAUGUAUCAUGUAAAUGUAUAAUAAUUAAAGUAGACUGCCUUUCAGAUUUUUCGAAUUUAGGCCAUAAAUAGAAUUUUCCCUGAUACCCAAUUAUUUUAGUGGACCGAAAGCUACUGAAUUCGAGAUUCAGACUUCAAAUUUUAUUACUUUUUUUUCCUAAAAGAACAAUUAAUGAAUUUAGAGCCAUGUGGCCCUAAAUUCUCCGCCAUUUUUUCUUGCCUCACCGUGACUUUAUCCAACAUGCUGUGUCGUGCAUGAGGUGUUGGGAUUUCCCUGUUGUGGGAUACAAAUUUGCAACCUGAGAGAACAAUGGAAGACGUGAGUGUGCGCAUGAAACAUGGAAGACCGACUACAGUAACAGAAAGUGGGAAGAAAAGACUCUGUAUUGCGAAGGAAAGGAAACACAGGACCAAAAUAAUAACAGCAAACACAAAAAUCAAAAAGAUGAAUGUAACGGCUUCGCUGAUAUAGUGGACACUGAAACAGGCAGGCGGGAUCAAUGUCACUUUAGUUUUUAUUUUUUAAACUGUCACUUAACACAAAACACGCUUUUCAGCAAUUUCAAAAUAAACUGUGUGCCACUGCACCGACAUGAUUUCAGCCAGGGGAAGAGAUUUACACUGUGCACACACACACAGCAUCUUCACCGGGCUCGUGCUCCACUCACCAACUGGCAUUUGACCACGCCCCCCGCCACAGUGAAAAAGAACCAUAUACUGUCUUGCACAACGAAAUAAACUGCGCAGUAUGAUAGUGAAUUGAGAGGUUGUUCACCAGAAGUUGUGCAAUAUACAGUAGGUGUAUAGUUUAAUUACACACAUUUUCACUCAGUGGUCUUCACCAUCGCAAUGAUAAAAAAAGAACCUUCUAUGUAAACUAUCUAAUGCACAGGAAUAAUAUUUACAUUGUGAAAUCAAUAUAUACUUUUCAUUAUCUCAUCUCAUUAUCUCUAGCCGCUUUAUCCUGUUCUACAGGGUCGCAGGCGAGCUGGAGCCUAUCCCAGCUGACUACGGGCGAAAGGCGGGGUACACCCUGGACAAGUCGCCAGGUCAUCACAGGGCUGACACAUAGAC